AUGGAUGUGACUGUGGCUGGGGCAGAGGGGCUUCCUGAAAAAGCUUACCUGAGCGUACGUGCGGGAGAUGUGCGAAAGCAGAUUCAAUACCGACCAGGUGAAUGCUUCUCCUUCGAUGGAAAGCAGGCACCACGGCAGUUGGUCGUUGAUGUCUUCGAAAAGGUGGGCUCAGCACAAGUGAGCGUCUCCGACCUGGCCAGCUGUAGCAAUGGCAGCCUGGUGCAGCUGCAGGGGAGGGAUGGCAACAUCGUCCUGGACAUGCAGGCGAAGGUGCAUUCUCACGAAAUCACCAAGCCGCGGCUUUCCCGACAUCAGGCUGCCUUAGAUGCCCAAGCCUACCUAGAGGCGCACUCCGUGCCGCAUGUCCUGCAAGGGAUGGUGCAUGAGCUCCUGUCGUCUCGACCAGCAGAUCCCUACUCCUUCAUGAUGGGCUACAUCAAGGCCCAAGAGGUGCCGAAGGCACCGUCACUGCACCAGGAGGAGCCCCAGGAGGAGGAUGACUUCGAUGUUUUGCCAGACUGGUCGGCCAUGCCGGGCAGAGGAGAAGAGGAGUACCCGGGCUUUCCCUCGGAUGGCUCGCAGCCUCUCCCUGACCUGUCGCAACACCACAACGUCUUAGCUUCCGUGCUGCUUGCCCGGCCCGAGCUCUAUGAAGACUUAAAGGAUGUGCGCACUGCCAGUGGGAGCUCACUGGCUCAGUGUAUCAAGCCGGGAAUUGACAACCGAGGAUGCAAUGCCGUUCGCACUUUAGGCCUGAUGACAGCGGAUGAGUCCUGCUACGAAACCUUUGCCCCGCUGUUCCGCGCGGUGAUGAGCCGAUGGCAGGAGAUCGUUUCGGAGGAUGUGGAGCUCUCCAGACCAGCGGAGGAGGAGGCGAAGAUGCACCCUGAUCCACAAGGACAGGUGAUCCUCUCCGUACAGGUCCUUUGCAGCCGAAACCUCCGCGGCGUGCGCAUGGUGCCUUCUGCGGGGCGCGAGGACCGACGUGAGGCAGAGCGCUUACUGGUGGAAGCGCUGAUGAGCUCUGAGGAUGAAUUGCUACGUGGUGGAGACUACUAUCCACUGCGGGGCUCCAACAGCUAUGCACCAAAGCCCAAAGGGAUGUCCAUGGAGAUGGAGCAGCAGCUGCGGGCAGCCGGACAGCUCUUGGAGGAGCCUCAAAAUGGGCUCCAUCUCUCAGCUGGCUUAGGGAGACACUGGCCCCAGGCUCGUGGUGUUUACACCAAUGGCAGUGGCAUGGUAGUGUGGAUCAAUCAGGCCCUGGGCCCCAGUCAAGAAGGCCGACCACCUUCGCCUCGCCUACCAGCACGAGAAUGCGGAGGUCUUCAAGGCACUGGAGGCCACUCUCCGCGUGGAGCAAGCGUUAAGCAGAGCUUUAGAGGCGAAAGGCUUCUCCUUCAGUUCCUCAGAUGGCGUUGGCUCCAUCACCUUGUGCCCUUCGAAUUCGGGCUCGGGAGUGCAGGCCUCUGCGCGGCUCUUAUUGCCGCGGCUGGCGAAGAACGAGGUCUUUACCCCGCGCGCCGCCGGGAGUUGAGCGAGAGCGGCGAGCGGAAGCCCGUGUGGGAGGUGGCUGUGGCGCGAGACAUGCAGAUGUCCGCGCAGGACUUGGCGAGUGUCUUGGCCUAUGGCUGCCGAAGGCUAGUGGAUGAAGAGCUCAGACCUGGCACUGCCACAGCGGCGCAGGCUGCCAAAUCCAUUCCUCCGCUGCCACAAGGGCCACCUCCGCCACCUCCAUUCCCCCGUGACUGGUGCCCGAACCAAAUGCCAGACGUGACCGACAGGCACAGCUUGGCAGCAGAAGUCUUCAGACAAAAUCCAUCCAUCUACUACCGGCUGAAGGAUCAAAGCACACCACUCGGUGUGCCCUUUGCCACUUGCGUGAAGACCUGUUUUGACAAUGUGGGACAUCGGAUGAUCAAGACGGUCGGUGCCGUGGCUGGGGACGAGGCCUCAUAUGAGACCUUCCGGGAGUUCUUCGAUGGGAUCGUGCGGUUGAGGCAUCCCCGGAGCGACGCUGGACACAGGAGAGACGUCGACCCCUCCCAGAUGCGAGAGAUACCUGCAGACAUGGCAGGAGGGCGGCUGGCCUUCGCCCGACUCCGCGUGAGCCGAAACCUCCGGGAGCAGCGGAUGCCGCCCGCAGCGCAGUGGGAGCAGCGGCGACACGUGGAACAGACGCUGGUCGGGGGGCCUAAGAGGAAGGCCUCCAACCCUAAAGAGGCAUGGCCUCUAAACCUAAGAGGAAGCCACGAGCUUGAGAAGGUGGCUGUAUGUAGCUAUAUGAAGUCAUGA